CUUGCAGAGCGCGGAACCUGCUGCUGGUGUUCACAAUCGACUUGAACAGAACUGGAUCGCCCAGGGUUGCCAGAACCCUGCACCCUUCUGGUUGCAGCAAAGCCCAGCUCCCAGCGGCCAGCAGGCCUGCUGCUGGCCUCACAUGAGUGGGCAGCAGCCUGUGGAUCCCGAUCAGGAUGCCCAGCGCAGCCUCAGUGCCGCGCACCAUCUGGCAGUCCUCCCUGGAGAGGCCUGGCGCAGCGGCAGCCCCCCCGCAUCGCCAGCCGGGCAAAUAGCAGUCGCAGGCGCGGGCGGUGUGGAGCGGGAACUGCACAGCUCUGCCGCUGCCGCCGCCAUGCCCGGUGGCGGCGGCAGCCAGGCGGGCGCCAGCGAUAUCUCCCGCCUCUCUAUUGACUCCCACCACAGCUACAUGAGCCACCGCAGCAGGUGGAGCAGCGCCGCCACGGUGGCAACCACUGUGGCGCCCACGGCAGCCCAGCGGCAAGGCCACUACGACCCGCCGCUCCCAGAAGAGCUGUCUGGAGGCAGCAGCGGCGAGGCCACACCCGUCACAACAGCAGCCGGCAGCACGCAUAGCCGGAGCGCAGCAGCAGCAGCCAUGGGUGCAGGGCCCGGUGGCAGCGACUGCCUGCCACGAUCCACCUCCUCGCCCCGCCACGGCGGCGGCAGCGCCAGCAGCAGCCGCAUGGGCAGCCGCAACAGCCGCAGCACCACUGCCGUCGCGCUGGCGAGCCCCCUGGAUGUGGCGGCUGCGGUAGCAGAUGGCGGCGAUGGCACCAGCAGGCUGCCGCCACGCCUCAUCGUGUUCCAUCCUGAUGGGGAGACUUUUGGCAUUGGGGUGGACAAGGCGCGGGAGGAUGAGCUGACUGCGGCAGCCGCGGCAGCUGCAGCGCAGCGGCAGCGGCGGCAGCAGCGCACAGCGGCGGCGAUGCUGGGCCCCGGCGGUGUGCGGCCUCCGCCCGGCAGCACGCCUGCACUUGAUGAUGAUGGCUUCCCUGCUAGCUACGCAGGCUCCCGACAGAUCUAUCUGAGGCAAAAGAUGGCCCUCCUGGCCAUGCUGGUGGUCGAUAUCAUCUACCUGGCAGUGCUGCUCAUCCUGCGCCUGGUGUGGGGCGGCAACAGCGACGAGCCGGAGCUCAGCACCGCGGUCAAGUUCUUUAUAGGCUCCCACCCAGAGUCCACAUCCAUCUCCUACCUGGCGGGCUCCAUGUUUACCGACGUGAUUGCGCUGUACGGCGCCGGCCAGGAUUACCCAUCCAUCCUCACCCUGUUUAUCGUGUGGAGCGUGGUGCUCGGGGCAUUUGCGAUUCUGGAGAUGCCGCUGCUGUUCAUGAUCAUGCGCCUGCUGCUCAUCAUCGCAGCGUUCCAGCUGCGCUUCUCCAUGUCUCGCAUCCGCCACAUGCUGCCCCCCUCGUCCUUUGGAGGCUUGUUUGUGGCAGCCAUCGGGCGCGGCGUUGCAUCCGCCGGCGGCGCAGCCUGGGGCGCGGCCUCGUCCCCCUUCCGACGCCUGGCGCGGCGGCGCGGCCAGCCGCAGCAGGAGCAGGGGGCUGCAGCCGCAGGUAGCGCCUCGCGGCGAGCCUCCGGGCAGCAGCUGGCAGUGCCUGCGGGCGCUUCGGCGGGUGCGCAGCUGUCGCCUGGCGGGGCCGCGGCGGCGCAGCUCGCCGCGGUCCGCUCCUCAGCCCUCUUCCGUGCGGCACUCAUGCGGAUGAUGUCUGAGCAGCAGCGGCCGGAGCAGGGACGUGACUUGGAGGCAGGCAGAGGGACAGGUGCAGAAGCGGCAGCAGCGGCAAUCGCACCGGCAGCCGCAGGCUCCGCCGCCAGUUUGCAAGCAACGCCGGCGCUCCGCACCGUCAGCAGCCGCGCCAACGGUGCUGCAUCAGAGGCGCCCGAGCAGGCAGGCAGCCUGGAGCAUCUGUAUAGCAGGAUAAUGGAAGACAUAUCAGCGGUGGCAGCCGCCCCUGCCAGCACCAGCGGGCGGCGCCGCCGCCGCCGACGCGAUCGCGACGCCCGUGCCCGCGCCCUGACUGCGAGCAGCAGCAGCGGCAGCCGGCGGCGCGCCAGCGCCGGCGCCAGCAGCGGCGAGGCCAGCAGCGACGACAGCGACGCCACUCCGGCGGCUGGUGUUCGCACCAGUGCAGGUGCUGGCACCGCCGGCGCUCCUGCUGCGCCCGCCAGCAGCGCCCGCCAGCUGGCGACGGUCAGCCUGGCGGCCGCUGCCGCGCAGCGCUCUGCUGCAGGCAGCGGCGGCCCGCCACCCACCUGGCAAGACCUGGUGAACCUGCUGAGCUACCACUCCCAGCAGCAGCAGGUCAGGCGGCAGCAGCAGCAUCGCCAGGCGGCCGCCAACGCAGUGCCCCUCGUCAGCCUGGAGGCGCCGCCGCCCUUCGACCCCCCUGGCGGCAGCGCCAGCCGAGGCAGCGCUGAGUAG